AUGGGGAAUGCUGCGAGCGGCGAGACGGAGCCCGCGAGGCUCAAGGAGGAGCUGGCGGAUAUGCAGCGUUCUCUACAGGCGCUAAGUGCGCGCUGUCGGCCUCCACCCGUGCUUCGUCCCGGUCAAUUGUCAAUCGACAACAUGAUAAUUGGCACUCGAGAGGAGGUAAAGGUGGUCUUAGGUCCCGUGGUGGGCAAAGUGGAGUUUCAACGUGCUCGGGUGCUGCUGGAAGUGAACCGUCGAGCAGUUGUGACAGCUCAUGUGUCAACUCUCGAUGCUGCCACGAAUGCCAUGGUGGAGGUGCCGCAGUGUCGACUGUCGGUGCAGUGUGAAGCAGAUCAACCUGCUGUCUUCACGUUCUAUCGGUUGGUACCGGGGAAGCGCUAUGCCGUGACAUUUGGGGGACUUCGAAAGGAGGACGUCGAGGCGAGUCGAGCACGCUUCCAGACCCAAAGCUUAGAGCAUGGGAACAGGUUGAACGUCGUGGCUGUGAGUGGAGACAAUGUGUACGAUCUAGAAAGCGGGGAAACAACUCUGUGGAGAGAGAUUCGGGAGCGAGUAGAGCAGAGAGAGACGCAAAUUGUGCUGCAUCUGGGAGGGCAAGUCGCGAUGGAGCGGAUGUUCGACAAGGCCGUGCAGUUGCUUUUGCUCCACGGAGAAGGGCUGAGCUACAGUGCGACAGACUGGUUGACAAUGGAGACAAAGGCCACGGAUAUUCUCCGAUCGGCGUAUAGGACGCAGUGGAUGCUAGCGCCAAACUUGAAAUUCGUGCUCGCGAACUCCAGCAAUUUGAUGAUAUGGGAUGACGCUGACAUUUACCCGCGGUUCACAACGCGCGAUGAGUUCUACAUCGACCACGAACAGCCGACACUUUUGAUGCAAGUCAUUCGAACUGUCACGCGCUGCGCACGACGUCUCUACCACGAAUAUCAACGGCAGCUUUGGGAUGACGACUUCAAGCAGCUCAUUGAACGCGAGGCCUUGGCCUCAACCGCUCAGAUCUUCGCUCUGUCGAAUCAGAUCCCAAAAGCUGUGGAGGAGCUGGAGCUGCAGAAGAAGCGACACGACAUCGACGGUGCGAGACGCGUGGAGAAAAAUCUUCGAGCUGUGGAGGCCGAAAAAGUAAAACUGGAGAAGCAACUGGUGAGCUACAACCAGCUUUUGGCCCCGCAGCGAGGCGAAGAGUUUCUGUAUCAAGUGGGGAGUAUUGGUAUCCUCGUAUUGGACUUGCGUAGCAGCCGAUUGGAGCCUGGAGGGUCGCAAGCGCGUGAGAAUGAACUGCUGAGCAACGUGCAGUGGCGAUUCAUCGACGAAACGCUUGAGAACGCCGACAUUCGGCUUCUUUUGGUUUGUUCCGAGACCCCGCUCAUAGACGACGCUGUACUGGACGAGGGAAGCUCUGUCGACGCUCGUUCUGGCGAGGUUGCAACGUCAUGGAGUGCAAAUAGUGCAGCCCAAACUCGUCUUCUGUCGCAGUUAUUCGACUGGAAAGUUCAGCAGCCAAGUCGCCAGUUUGUAGUUCUCGCAGGUGCGAAUCCAGUGCGCUGCUUUGCCCAAAUGCGAGUGAAAGACGCAAAGCUGCGGACCGAAGCGGAACAAGUUACAGUCGGGGCAAUUUCUGCUGCACCGCAUGGCUCGGAGAUCCCAAAGAGAAGCGGACUUGUCCACGGUCGAUUCGAGUUCGAGCACCUGGGAGAUGUCAUCAACCAGAAAUGUUUCGUGGAGCUGAAAGUGGAGAGCGGUCCACGCAGCGUCGUGGAAAUGAACCGAAUCGGCAAAGACCAGCACAGCGAAAACCUGCCCAAAGUUCUGUGCGGACCGGUGGUCGGAUGGGUAGACGAUUGGAGCGCUGUGAUCCUGCUAGAAGUCGACAGAGAUGCUGAUGUUGUGUGCUUGGUGGAGAACCCUCUGACACGCGAGAGUCGCCGUGUCUUCCAGCGCUUCUUUGCUGACCAAGCCAACUCCUUUUUCAUCACACAUUUGCGAUCGGGACACUUUUAUCGCGUUUGCUUUGAGAACAUUCAGCAUCCAGAGCAAUUUCACGCUAGCUUUACGACGGUGGCGAAGUCUCCACAACAUGCAAAGGCCCCACUGUGGCAUUCAAUUGCGGAGAACACAGUGGAGAUGCCUUUCGUUGACCUCAACUUGACUGUGCUCUUAGGUGGCCAGUUCUUCCCACAAUCCAACGUCCACGUCCACGAAGCUUUGAUGUACCGAGCCACGUGGAAUGCUCCUGGCGUUCGAGAGAGUUUGGCGCACGGCGCACAUCUUUUACUGACGAAUGAAAUGGAUCAACUCCCAGUCAACAAUCAAGACGGUGAAGCUCAGCAGAGUGUUAGUGUCCGGGAAUUGCUGACGAGAUUCCACGUCCGGUACCAAAAUUUGCUUCUCCCUCCUUCCAAGCGACUACGCGGCGAGGAAGUGCGGUGGCGUAAGCCUCUGUGUCACAGCUUUGGGGCCUUUGGGCUGUUUGUGCUUCCUAUUCAGGAGCUUGGAGGCUCGUGUAUUCACGAAUGCACCUGGGAAGCUCUUCGAGUGUUACUGGCCACACCAAAGCUAUCCACGCUACUUCUUGUAUCAACUGAGGCGCUCUUCGACGAAUCUCUCGAAGAGAUUAGCGAGAAAGCGACUUGUUUUCAACUGGCAACGAGAGGAUGA